AUGUCGCUCGAAUCCGCGCUCGACGAGGAGCGUCGGGCCGUCAUGGACAUUUUGGAGGGGAUCAAUCGCGGUCGCGCGUCGCAUUCGCGAGCAAGCAGUCCUGGCGGCGCGCAAUCCCCCGUGCGCAGCAUGCUGGACAUUGGCGACAAGCACACGGCCAAGUUCAUUCUCCCUUCGGACCAGGAGAAGGAAGAAAAGCGCAAGAAGCGGGAGGAGGAAUUCCGCCAGGCCAGCUUGAAGGCGGCUUCGCAGCCCCCCGGCGCGAGGAGAGCCCGCAGCCCCUUGGCUGGCGGCAGCACCGACCCCGAGGAUGCCUAUUCAUUCAACAUGCUCCCAUCCAUCGAUUCACGCGUGCCAAAGCGCGUCACACAAGGUGGGAAAAAAGGUAAGCAGCGCGCCAUGGCAACCGUAUUUGGUUCAGGAAGCGGCAGCAAGGACCUCAGCCGACGCAACUCGACAGGCAUCAUGGGAAAGAGCAAAUCCAAGUCUCCUGCCGCCCGCCUCCGGACUGAUUCCCCUGGAAGAAUGUACCGCAACAGCAAUUUCAUGGUCGACCCAUCAAAGUAUGUUACGGAAUCUGGAAGAUCCAUCGACAUGAAUAGUGCAUAUCGCAGAUUGUCUGACGCGGCCCUCCUUCGUUCUGGUGGUAGCCUGGCUUCUUUGCCAUCUAGGAAAGGAUCGGAUCCCACGAGAGGCGAAACUAUAGUCCCAGGUGGUGGUGUGCGUCUGGAGAAAGACUAUUAUGCAGACGAUGACGACGACGAUGCUAUCGAGAGCAGCGACGACGACGACUCGGAUCUUGAUUCUGGUGAUGAGGGCAGAGGCAGGCGACGCCGACGAAGCACCAAUAACACAGAUAUCAAAGACAAGCUCCCGAAGAGCUUGCUUGCAGCCGCCGAGGAAGACCGAAAAACGUCGAGCGAGUACAAAGUUAGGUCUUUGCUGGAGCCUACGGUCACAGUCACAGGUCCAAAUGGCGAGAAGAUGACACAGAAAAAGAAGGGAGUCCAUCCGACAACGAACUUCGAUGCAGGCGGAUCAGGCAUGUCGACGCCGAUGACGUCGGACACAGAGCAAGACAUCUCAGAGAUCAAACGCGCACAACGGAUGGCCAUGACCAUGUCACCAAUCCAUUCAACGCCUGCAGCUCACAGAUGCAUCCGUCAAAUCAUCCGCGGCGACUAUUCCGGAAUGCAAAGAGAAGCAGAGAGGGGCUUGCGUCGCCAACGCAUGUAUCUUGUAGCAACUGACCUCAGUGAGGAAGCAGCCUACGCGCUUGAAUGGACCAUCGGCACUGUUCUGCGCGAUGGUGACACGCUUCUCGCUGUAUAUGCUGUUGAUGAGGAAAUUGGUACUGGAGGCGAGUCUGGGGCGAUUGGCAUUGGCGAGGGCGCUCAGAUGAUGCGUGACACUGCCAGUCUUGUCAAGACUCUCUCGCACAACCAGCGCGUGAUUGAUGACGGGCGCCCGAAGCCGAAGAGCCGCCACCAGAGCCUAGGGCCAUCGCCGUUGCAUCAGAGUUUCCGCCCCACUGAUGACAAUGAGCAGGACCAGCCGGAACCUGAUUUAGCAAACAUGGACCAGGCAGAGCGUGAGCGCUGGCAUGCCACGAUGGAAGUGAGCGAUCGCAUUGUCUCGCUACUUCGGAAAACGAAGCUCCAGGUUCGGGCUGUCAUUGAAGUGUUCCACUGCAGGAGCCCGAAGCACAUGAUUACUGAAGUGAUCGAUUUCAUGGACCCAACACUUGUCAUUCUUGGAUCGCGAGGUCGCAGCGCGCUGAAGGGUGUCCUUCUUGGCUCUUUCAGUAAUUACCUGGUCACCAAGUCGUCUGUUCCGGUCAUGGUAGCACGGAAACGACUGCGCAAGCACAGCAAAUACAAGCGCGGCAACUUGCGCCUGUCUAACGUGCUUUCGAACCCAGCAUCGAAGCUGGCUUCAGCCAAAAUCGACUAA